CCGCAGCGCAGCCGGAGCGCACGGGCAGGCUCUCUCGAUCCUCCGCGCCGCUGCGGGGCGCGGCAGCGCGGCCCUCCCGCCCUUAGCGGCUGCGAGGUGAGAGGUCGGGAAGAUGGCGGCGGCCUUGGCGGAGGAGGUGCCGGACAACGAGGACUAUUACGCGCUGCUCAACGUGCGGCGGGAGGCCUCCCAGGAGGAGCUGAAGGCCGCCUACCGCCGGCUAUGCAUGCUCUACCACCCCGACAAGCACAGAGACCCGGAGCUCAAGACGCAGGCGGAGCGGCUCUUUAACCUCGUGCAUCAGGCCUAUGAAGUGCUUAGUGAUCCACAGACCAGAGCCAUCUAUGACAUUUAUGGGAGGAGAGGACUGGAGAUGGAAGGAUGGGAGGUUGUGGAAAGGAAGAGAACUCCAGCUGAAAUCAGGGAAGAAUUUGAGCGUUUGCAGAGAGAGAGGGAAGAGAGAAGACUGCAGCAGCGAACUAAUCCAAAGGGAACAAUUAGUGUUGGAAUAGAUGCCACCGACCUCUUUGAUCGCUAUGAGGAAGAAUACGAGGAUGUGCCUGGGAGCAGCUUUCCCCAGAUCGAGAUAAACAAGAUGCACAUAUCCCAGUCCAUUGAGGCACCACUCACUGCCACAGAUACAGCAAUACUGUCUGGUAACCUUUCCACCCAGAAUGGGAACGGAGGUGGAUCGAUUAAUCUUGCUCUGAGACGAGUGACGUCUGCCAAGGGAUGGGGAGAGUUGGAGUUUGGAGCAGGAGACCUUCAGGGACCUCUCUUCGGUCUGAAGAUAUUCCGUAAUCUUACACCAAGAUGUUUCAUCACUACAAACUGUGCGCUGCAGUUCUCAUCCCGCGGGAUCCGCCCGGGCCUCACCACGGUCCUGGCCCGCAACCUCGACAAGAACACCAUGGGGUACUUGCAGUGGCGGUGGGGCAUCCAGUCAGCCAUGAACACCAGCAUCGUGCGGGACACAAAAACCAGCCAUUUCACCGUGGCGUUACAGCUGGGAAUCCCCCACUCUUUCGUGAUGGUCAGUUAUCAGCAUAAGUUUCAGGAUGAGGAUCAAACACGAGUGAAAGGUUCCCUCAAGGCGGGUUUCUUCGGGACCAUAGUGGAGUACGGAGCAGAGAGGAAGAUUUCCAGACACAGCAUUUUAGGAGCCACCGUCAGUGUUGGUGUUCCCCAAGGAGUGUCUUUGAAAAUCAAGUUGAACAGGGCUAGCCAGACCUACUUCUUCCCUGUCCACCUGACAGAUCAGCUGCUUCCCAGUGCUGUCUUCUACGCCACCGUGGGACCUCUAGUUAUCUACUUCGCCAUGCAUAGGCUGGUCAUCAGACCCUACCUCAGGGCACAGAAGGAGAGGGAGCUGGAGAAGCAACGGGAGAGUACAGCCAGCGACAUCCUUCAGAAGAAGCAGGAGGCUGAAGCUGCGGUCCGGUUAAUGCAAGAGUCUGUCCGGAGGAUAAUUGAAGCGGAGGAAGCCAGAAUGGGUUUGAUUGUGGUGAACGCCUGGUACGGGAAGUUUGUGAAUGACAACAGCAGGAAGAAUGAGAAGGUGAAAGUGAUAGAUGUGACUGUGCCCCUGCAGUGCUUGGUGAAAGACUCUAAACUCAUCCUUACAGAGGCAUCCAAGGCUGGGCUGCCAGGUUUCUACGACCCCUGUGUGGGUGAGGAGAAGAGUUUGAAAGUGCUUUAUCAGUUCCGAGGAGUUCUGCACCAAGUGAUGGCAGCUGACAAUGAGGCCCUUAGGAUACCAAAGCAAUCUCACAGAAUCGAUGCUGAUGGCUAAUCUGGUGCCAGCGUGUGUCCAUAACGGUACCUGGGUCAACGGAAACUACAACCUCCCCCCGGACGCUGCAAGUUUGAACAGAGACAUUCUUAUUUUUAACUACCCAUAUAGCAGGUGGUGUCCUACCAGUUCUGAGAGAAGCUGCUUCUCCAGGUGGCUCCACGGCAAUACUGCUCUGAAUUGUGGCUCAGUAACCAAUAAAGCAACGUGGCUCUGACUGCGCAGUGCUUUGUGCUGAGGGUGCGCGAGCGGGCACCGAGCACCACCCGUCCUGCAGCCACCCCUCCUGCUGCCGUCUGGCCACGGCCCGUUUGGGCGGUCUCACCUCUAUCUCCUUGCACGCAGCAGGGAAGACGACCUGUUCUCACUUCUCCACAUGCUUCCUGGGGUAGGUAACACCUUUUUCUGCUCCUGAGGGGGUGUUAAGUUCUCUGGCCACCUCCUGUGUAAAUCCUUUUGUUGGGAAGAAGACGGAGAUUGUGUUCCGUCUCAAAUCUGCAUUUGAGAUGUUCUUGUUAAGAACAAGUAUGUUUGGAAUUAAGUUCUUUGCCUUUUGUAAGGUGGACCUCUUCAGCUGCUAAUUUCAGACACUGCUGUUCCAGACAAGGACACAGCGUGGGAUAGUCUUGUUAAUUCUUCUGCCACCUAGAACCACAUAUCAAGGUUUUCAGCGAAGCAAGGGGAGGAGAAGGACAGCAAUUAAUUUCAUUCGAUUCUGGUGCUGCAACUCUCUCUUCCCAUCUAACUUAUUUCUAGGGAAAAGAGGAAUAGUAGUAUGUAGUUUAUACUACUACUAUCUGGGCAGUGCAGCGUGGCUCUGACAGCUACUGCCAGAGAUCAUUUCCUGACACAUACCUGGCCCCUGCUUCUGUGCAACUGCAGUUCUCUUUCCUCAAGUCAGUGUGACAGGAGAGUUAGAUUGCCCAAAGCAGAGUUGAGCCAGGCUUGAAAGAGAUGCUUCCCCAUCUAAGAACAAGUUCAUACAACAAAGGGGUGUUCAGGUGUUUUUAUUAAGAA